AUGGAGGAACAUCAGAUAGGAGGCUCAAAUUGUGAACAAUUGCCUCAGUUCUUCAAGUUCUAUAUGCCUGCGCAUUGCUCUACGCAACUGCAAAUACCACCUGCAUUUGUCAACUACUUCAAGGAUUAUUUACCCUUGAAGUUUGUUCUUGUGACUUCUGGAAAAAAGUCAUGGGAGGUGGACAUGAACAAGGUUGAUGAUGAUGUGUAUUUCAAAAGAGGAUGGGAGGAAUUUGUGCAAGAUAACUCACUGACGUUUGGUGAUUUCCUUAUGUUUUACUAUAAUGGUGGAUCGAAAUUCUUUGUUAGUGUAUUUGGAAAUAAUAACUGUUUGAAGGAGAUUGAGGUUUUAAAUAACCAGAGUGAACAGCAACCAACCUGCAUCCAAUUAGGGGAUGAAGCAAACAGAACUGGCGAAACGAAGAUAAUUUCUGUUGAAGAUACUGAUUUGUCAUUUGAAGUAACGCUGCAGCGAACUUAUAUCAAUAAGGGAUGUGUCCACAUGCCAAAGGUGUUUUACGAUCGUGUGAAAAAGUUUAGACCGAUUGCCAAGCUUCAACAUUCUGGACGGACAUGGGACGUGAAGGUGUCUAUCAGCAGUGAAAGAUACGGGUUUACAAAAGGCUGGAAGAAGUUUGUGACGGAGAACUGCGUGGCAAUCGGAGAUAUUUGUUGUUUUAAGAUGAUUGACAUUAAGCCAAAGUUCUAUUUGCUGGAUGUGUCUUUUUCUAGGGAAAUAUAG